AUGGAGCCCAGUGUCCUGCUCCUCCUCGCUUUUUUUGCUGGCUUCUUGCUACUCCUGGUCAGGGGCCACCCAAAGGCCCGUGGCCACCUCCCACCAGGACCCCGUCCUCUGCCCUUCUUGGGGAACCUCCUGCAGAUGGACAGAAGAGGCCUCCUCAACUCCUUCAUGCGGCUUCGAGACAAAUACGGAGAUGUGUUCACAGUGCACCUGGGGCCGAGGCCCGUGGUCAUGCUGUAUGGGACAGAGGCCAUAAGGGAAGCUCUGGUGGACCAAGCUGAGGCUUUCUCUGGCCGGGGGACAAUUGCAGUGGUUAAACCUAUCUUCAAGGACUAUGGUAGGAGUCACAAAAUUGGGAUGAGUUGGAAUGGCUUGGCCACCGUGAGUGACUUUGAGAGGGGAAAGAGGAGUGUGGAGGAGAGGAUUCAGGAGGAGGCCCAGUGUUUGGUAGAAGAGCUGCGGAAAUCCCAGGGAGCCCCCCUGGACCCCAAGUUCCUCUUCCAAUGCAUCACAGCCAACAUCAUCUGCUCCAUUGUCUUUGGAGAGCGCUUUGACUACAAGGAUCGCCAAUUCCUGCGCCUGCUGGAACUGUUCUAUCGCAGCUUCUCACUCAUCAGCUCCUUCUCCAGCCAGGUGUUUGAGCUCUUCUCUGGCUUCCUGAAAUACUUUCCUGGUACUCACAAACAAAUCUACAGAAACCUGAAGGAAAUCCUUGACUACAUUGACCACAGUGUGGAUAAGCACAGGGCAACAUUGGACGCCAGCAAUCCAAGAGACUUCAUUGAUACCUACCUUCUACGCAUGGAGAAGGAGAAGUCCAAUUCACACACGGAGUUCCAUCACCAGAAUCUCAUUAUCUCCGUGCUGUCUCUCUUCUUUGCUGGCACCGAGACCAGCAGCACCACACUCCGCUAUGGCUUCCUGCUCAUGCUCAAAUACCCCCAUGUUGCAGAGAAAGUCCAAAAGGAGAUCGAAGAGGUGAUCGGUUCCCACCGCCUACCAACCCUUGACGACCGCACCAAAAUGCCAUACACUGAUGCCGUCAUCCACGAGAUUCAGAGACUUUCAGAUGUUGUCCCGAUUGGUGUGCCACACAAAGUCACCAAAGACACUUUGUUCCGCGGGUACCUGCUCCCCAAGGUCCACAAGGGGACUCUUGACCUAAAAGAGAAUCCUGGAAAGCGUAUUUGUCUUGGAGAAGGCAUCGCCCGCCACGAAUUGUUCCUUUUCUUCACCACCCUCCUCCAGAACUUCUCCUUGUCCAGUCCCGUGGAUCCUAAGGACAUUGACCUCAGUCCCAAGGAGAGUGGCAUUGGCAGAGUGCCCCCAGAAUACCAGAUCUGCUUCUUGUCCCGAUGA